AUGGCAUUUGAACCGAAUCUGGUUGAGUUAUCCUCUGCCUCGAUACAAUAUUCUACAAACGAUGACACAUCAACUUUAAACCCGCCGAUAGUAAAAGAAAACAUUUACUUGGAUGAACUUUGUGUGAAUGAGUUAAACUUUAUUAAAGCAGAUGCACUAUUACGCGAUACACAUGCAACUUUUAAUUGUACCACUCAAUCACCUUAUGAUGAAGUAAAUGCUAGUGUACCAAUUAUUAAUGAUGAUAAAAUGCCAUAUUUAACAUUUCGAACUGUAUUUAUGUGUUUAUUGUUGACUAUAGUUGUAUCAGUAUUGAGGAUAACUCAACCAGAUUCGGUUCAAAUGCCAUUUAUUUCNGAUAUCCACUUAAUACUGAUAUUGUCAUUUUUCAAUUAA